GCGCCGCCGGGGCAGCCGCGGGGUCCUCGGGCCGUGAGGGAAAGAUGGACGACGAGGAGGAGACGUAUCGCCUGUGGAAGAUCCGUAAGACCAUUAUGCAGCUCUGCCACGACCGGGGCUACCUGGUGACCCAGGACGAGCUGGAUCAGACGCUGGAGGAGUUCAAGGCUCAGUUCGGUGACAAACCCAGCGAGGGGCGGCCCCGCCGCACCGACCUGACGGUGCUGGUGGCUCAUAACGACGAUCCCACCGACCAGAUGUUCGUCUUCUUCCCGGAGGAGCCCAAGGUUGGAAUAAAGACAAUCAAGAUGUACUGCCAGAGGAUGCAGGAGGAGAACAUCACCAGAGCACUCAUCGUGGUGCAGCAGGGCAUGACCCCCUCGGCAAAGCAGUCCCUGGUGGACAUGGCUCCCAAAUACAUCCUGGAGCAGUUCCUGCAGCAGGAGCUUCUGAUCAACAUCACGGAGCACGAGUUGGUCCCGGAGCACGUUGUCAUGACAAAAGAAGAAGUAACUGAGCUGCUGGCCAGAUAUAAACUCAGGGAGAACCAGCUCCCCAGGAUACAGGCCGGGGAUCCCGUAGCCCGGUACUUCGGAAUAAAGCGGGGGCAGGUGGUGAAGAUCAUACGACCGAGCGAGACCGCGGGCCGGUACAUCACCUACCGCCUGGUGCAGUGACCGGGGCUGCGGGUGUCGACUUUGCUGUAACCCCUUGGUCUUUGAAGGUCUUUGAAGGACUCAAGCCUGGCGCAGCAGGAGGCAAGUGGAAAAGGGCCUCUGCUUUCCUGCUUUAUUUUAUAGAAUCUUAUUUUUAAUAAAUAAUAAAGGUUUGUACUCUGGCUGUUC